UUUGCCUAAUUUUUCUUUUAAAAAAAAAUGAAAGAAGAAAAGAGUAACAAAAUGGGAACUUCUUAUCCAAAAGUUCAGGCUGAAGUCUAAAAAAAAAAGAAGAGCUUUUAUCUUUGCAGAAUUCAGAGUCCCUUCAACAAUGACGAUAGCUUUGUCGCCUGCAACUCCAGUACGUUUGCUAUGCCAACAGCAACUCACCCGCAAGCCUGUUCUCUUUUGCUUUCAAGAUAAAUUUCCUACUUCUGGUAAUGUGGUAUGUUGGUCGGCGUCUGCGAAUUACUCGAGCCUAUGGGUUGGAGCAAGGAGAUUGCAGCCUCUUGUUAAACCGUCUUGGGGAAAGAGAAGUGGAAUUGUGAGGUGUGCAACAAUUGAAGAAAUAGAAGCUGAAAAAUCUUCGAUUGAGAAAGAUGUGAAAGAAAGGAUGGAAAAGACAGUUGAAACUGUUAGGUCAAAUUUCAACUCUAUAAGGACAGGAAGAGCUAGCCCAGCAAUGCUAGAUAAAAUUGAGGUUGAUUAUUAUGGCACUCCAGUCAGCUUGAAAAGCAUAGCACAAAUUAGCACUCCUGAUGCAACUUCUAUCUUGGUGCAGCCGUAUGACAAAUCCAGUUUAAAGGCUAUAGAGAAGGCUAUUGUCAGCUCCGAUGUUGGUAUGACGCCAAAUAAUGAUGGAGAAGUAAUACGAUUGGCUGUACCCCAGUUGACAUCAGAUAGGAGGAAGGAAUUAUCUAAAAUUGUUUCUAAACAAGCCGAGGAAGGAAAGGUAGCUAUAAGGAAUAUAAGAAGAGAUGCCUUAAAAGCUUAUGAAAAACUUGAGAAGGAGAAAAAGCUUUCUGAAGACAAUGUGAAGGACCUAUCUAGUGAUUUACAGAAAGUGACAGAUGAAUACAUGAAGAAGAUUGAUAUUGUCUUCAAGCAGAAGGAGAAGGAACUGCUGAAAGUUUGACAACAGUUGUGUUCAAUGUGUAUAUGGAGUUUGUGCAGUAAUGAAGCUUUUCUUGGAAGGUUUAUGUGGUGCAAUAGGCUUGUCACGUACCUUUGUAAAAAGAACUACCUUUAAUUUUCGGUUGUAAAGAUCAGUCAGGAACUGGAAUGGUCCCUGUUAAUUUUGUUAGGAAUUUCAUUUUUACUCCCAAAAGAAGUUAAAUCUGCUUGUAGCGACAUAAUUUGCACUGCUUGAGGCUGCUGGAUUUUGUAACUACAGGAUUCGGAAUGAAAUCGUACUUGCUGAUGGUAGAAUAUCACUUCCACUGCUCUUCUUUUGUA